GCCGUUGGGUUAGUCUACAUUGAAAUGUGCCACGCGGUGUACCAAAUACUAGUCUGGCUCUGGAUGCUGCUCUGCUGCUGCGGCUCCAGGGUCAGCUGCCUGCAAAUAAGCAAUUGCAACAAGACAGAGGUGACAAUGAUCAGGGACAUGGAUGUCCUGACAUCGCUGACUCUGAGCAACUGCAGCCUGCCGCAUCUGGAGAAUGCUUUCUUCAUGCGAUUUGGCCAGCUUCUGCACCUGGAGCUGGAACAUAGUGGUCUGAGCAGCUUGGAUGACUUCUCCCUGCAUGGUCUGCCCCGACUGCAGUCGCUCUCGCUCUCCCACAACAACCUGACUAAGCUGAGAUCGUGGUCCAGUGAGCCCUUGGAGGCACUAACAUCCCUGGAUCUCAGUCAUAAUAGGCUGUGCAGCCUGGAGGACAACAGCUUCGUGCUCUAUCCACAACUGCAGAUGCUCAACUUGGCCUCCAAUCAGAUCGAACAGCUUGCAGAUGACACUUUCCAUGGCCUCUCACACCUGAAGCACCUCCAGCUCCAUGGAAAUCGACUGAUGCUCAUCGAUGGCUUUCAAUUUUCCGGCCUACAUCGUCUCUCCAGUCUGACGCUUCACCAUAAUCUGAUUAAAGGCGUCGAUCCCCUUGCCUUUGAAAGCAAUACACAUCUCCGCAGUCUCCGCCUGGAGGGGAAUCUAUUGAGCAGUCUUCAAUUUCUCACUCAACGCGGUCUUGCUCGCUUGGUUCAUUUGAAUCUCGCAAACAACUUACUGCAGAAGCUGGAGCCGCAGGGAUUUGGGAAUAACAUUGAGCUCCAAGACUUGGUCCUAAGUCACAACAAUUUGACGGAGCUAACGAAGGAAAGUUUAUUGGGUUUGGAUUCACUAGAGCGUCUCAACAUCAGCCACAAUAUUCUCAGCCACAUUGAGGCUGAAAGUCUGCAGUCGGUUGUUAGUCUGACCCAAAUCGAUGCAAGUUUCAAUCAAAUAGCUUCCUUAUCGGAAAGCUUGUUCCAAGCCAACAGCCAGCUGGAGGAGAUAAUACUUUCGCACAAUCGAAUCGAGGAAAUAUCGCCCAAACUAAUGUCACAUCAGACACAUUUGAAGCGUCUAAAACUGGAUGGAAAUGCUCUGAUCGAAGCCAACUUCUUGCAAAGUCUGCCGCCAGCCUUAAACCGACUCUCCCUGAGUGUGGAUCUCAGCUCGAAUCUUCUUCAUUCGGUCAAUUUGAGCAGCCUGCUUCAGUUUGGGCACAUCAAUCUAGCGGAUAACCAUUGGAACUGUGCCUGGUUAGUGAAGAAUUUCCUGCUUAGAGCUCCCGCUUCCCUUAACUUUGCUCGCAACUGGAGCCUCUUGAGCGAUUGGAACGAAGACUUGACCAAGGUGCAGGGCAUAGACUGUAUCGAGGGCUCACGCAAUCGUUCGAUUGUGCUCCUGAGUGUCGGCGAGGCCAUACACAGCAAAGUUCAGUGUGCGCAAUCGUACGAUGAGCUGAACCCAGCACCUCCGCCACUGACCUGGCCCAAGAUACCCACAGAUCGCUUUGACUCUCGUUCGGUGAUCAUCUGGAUGCUGGUGGCCAUAGCAAUCACUUUUGCAUGUCUGCGUUGGCUAAGGCGCUUCGUGGAUCGCAAAGAGCAGAGCAAACGGAAACUGAAGGCAAUCAAUGAAGUGUACAUGAGCAAAAUGGAAUCGCAGCCCAUCAGACACGAGCGCGAGAGAUCAUAGUCCACGAGCAACAAAUUCAAUUAAACAAAGUAAACAAUUAUGUACCGAAAUAUGUAUAAUAUAAUAAUCAAUGUCUACGAAAAUCUA